AUGUAUUCGAUGGGACUUGUUCUUCUCAUAGAUUUGCACGGGGCCAAACUGGCACAAGCUUUUCACAAGCCUCAAGGGCCUCGCGGCGGCCUCGUGCAAGCGCUUUAUUUUCCAAGCUCUAAUUCCAAGGAUAAAAUGAGCGCCAUGUCCAAAGCUUGCUCCAUGCCUGCACAGCGCAGGCAACAGCAUCCAAAAUCCAAAGAUAUCAUGUUCGCCCAAGCUCGCACAAGCUACGAACGUGUUUUCGUGCAAGGUCUCAUGGUUGAUAAUGCCGAUUUAACAGGAUACUUUACCGCACAAAAAGUCUUGAGAUGUGGUGAAACUGCUCUCCUUCACAUGCGGAGUCCUCUGAGUCUGCGAGAAAGCAUGCUUUGGAGAUCCUUGAGCGAAAAUCGCGGUUUUGCCAGGCUGUCGCCCACGUAG